GGCAGGACUUAUUGAGUCAGAGAUGCUGCACAGCGCCUCUCAGGCGGCUGUGUGAAGCUGCAGAGAGGAGGACAGCUGCUGUGGGAGGUGGGAUCCCAGAGAGAGACACACACACACCGACUCGGAGCAGUCGGCGCGGGCUGAGGGACCACGACAGUCCGGAGCGGCCCGAGUUCGCGGAGCAGCCCGAUCUGCUGCUGCUGAAAGCGGCGGAAACAUGCGCUGUGACAGAAACUCGGGCGCCGGCGGUUCACUCGUCGUGCCUUCCUCCUCGGCCAGCCCUCCGGCUCGUGGUUCACAUGUUCCGGCGCGUCGUCGUCUCCGUCGAGGGAGCAGCAAUGUUUAAACGAGCGACAGCGGAGCCCCGCGGAGUUUGGAUGUGGGCUUCCUAGCUUGGUUCGGGCACACAUUUGUUUGUUUUUUUUUUUGUUUUGUUUUUUUGAGGAGACGCAGCGGAUGUAAGCCUUCCGGACGGGGAAAACGAAACACUGUGUGAGAACCUGGCCGCCCGCCGGUGUGUUUGUCGGGCUUAACGCAGCGGAGGAGGAGGAGGAGGAGGAGGGUCACCGAGGAUGCAGGUGAAGAAGCACCGGGACUCGGACCGGAGCGGCGGGGACAUGCUGGAAAGAGACGGCCUCCGCAAGGCUCCUACAUGCUUCUCCAACAUCAAGAUCUUCUUGAUAUCGGAAUGCGCCCUGAUGUUGGCGCAGGGCACCGUGGGAGCCUAUCUGGUGAGUGUGCUGACCACGCUGGAGCGGCGGUUCAACCUGCAGAGCGCCGACGUCGGCGUGAUCGCCAGCAGCUUCGAGAUAGGCAACUUGGCGCUGAUCCUGUUCGUCAGCUACUUCGGGGCCAAGGCGCACCGACCCAGGCUGAUCGGCUGCGGGGGCAUCGUCAUGGCCCUCGGUGCUCUUCUCUCCGCUUUGCCUGAGUUUUUGACAAACCAGUACGAGAUUGUGAAAAGCGGGAGGACUGACAUGGGUCGGGACGUUUGCUCCAACAGUAGUGACCCUCAGCCGGAGGACGCCUUGUGUGCCCUUAAGACCAACACCAACAUGAUGUACCUGCUGCUGAUCGGAGCMCAGGUGCUUCUGGGAAUUGGCGCCACUCCAGUGCAACCCCUGGGGGUUUCCUAUAUUGAUGAUCAUGUGAAGAAGAAAGACUCCUCCCUCUACAUAGGAAUCCUGUUCUCCACCCUGGUGUUCGGACCCGCCUGCGGCUUCAUCCUCGGUUCCGUUUGCACUAAAUUCUAUGUGGAUUUUAUUUUCAUUGACACAGAGCUGGGCAUCACGCCAGACGACCCGCGGUGGAUCGGGGCCUGGUGGGGCGGCUUCCUCCUGUGCGGUGCCUUACUGUUCCUCUCGGCCCUCUUCAUGUUCGGCUUCCCUCACUCGCUGCCGAAGAAGGAGCGGGACGAGGGAACGGAGAGCGAGCAGGUCAUGCUCCCUCCUCCCCUCAGCCCGGACUCGGAGACUCCAAAGCCCAGCAACGGAGCAGCGCUGAGCAAUGAGCCUGUCAACAGCGCCACCUGCUGCCAGCAGCUGCGAGUCAUCCCUAAAGUAACGAAGCACCUGCUGUCCAACCCGGUGUUCACCUGCAUCGUCCUGGCAGCCUGCAUGGAGGUUGCGGUGGUGGCGGGCUUUGCUGCCUUCCUGGGGAAAUACCUGGAGCAGCAGUUCAACCUCACCACCACCUCGGCAAACCAGCUGUUAGGUAUGACGGCCAUUCCAUGCGCGUGUCUGGGGAUCUUCAUGGGCGGCCUGCUGGUGAAGAAGCUGAACCUCUCCGCCCUGGGAGCCAUCCGGAUGGCCAUGAUGGUCAACCUGAUCUCCACCGCCUGCUACGUCUCCUUCCUUUUCCUGGGCUGCGACACGGGCCCCGUCGCAGGCGUCACCGUCCCGUACGGCAACGAGACUCUUAAGGUUGGAGAGAAACCAGAGGCUCAGUGCAUCAGUCACUGCCACUGCGUCACCUCCUCCAUCAGCCCUGUCUGCGGCUCUGACAACGUCACCUACCUGUCCGCCUGCUUCGCCGGCUGCAACCGACGGGGCACCUCUCAGACCACGUCGAACAUCCCUCAGAACCUGACAGGAUGCGCUUGUAUAGCAGCCAAUGGGGAACACGACUACCCGCUUCCAGGGAAGUGUCCGAUGCCGGGCUGCCAGGAGAUCUUCCUCAUCUUCUUGUGCGUGAUCUGCCUCUGCAGCCUGGUGGGAGCCAUGGCCCAGACGCCCUCCGUCAUCGUCCUCAUCAGGACGGUGAGCCCUGAGCUGAAAUCCUACGCACUCGGAGUGUUGUUCCUGUUGCUGCGACUUCUCGGAUUCAUCCCCCCUCCUCUGAUUUUCGGAGCCGGGAUCGACUCCACUUGCCUUUUCUGGAGCUCGGACUGCGGCGAACAGGGCGCCUGCCUGCUGUACGACAACGUGAAGUACAGACACCUCUACGUCAGCCUCGCCAUCAUCCUCAAGGGUGUGGCCUUCCUCCUCUACAGCACCGCCUGGUACUGCCUGCGCGGGAACUACAAGAAGUACAUCAAAGGAAACGAGGACCCCCUGACGCCGACCGAGUUUUACCCGUCUCUCAAUGACAGCGCAAAAUCUGCUGACAGGACAAAGUUUAUAUACAACCUAGAGGACCAUGAGUUUUGUGAAAACAUGGAGUCGGUUUUAUAAAAGGAGAGGUGGACUUUCACGCUCUUUUCAUAGGAAUAUUACUCUUUUCUUUUCUUGAAAGGAUAAGGGCCCGAUCAGGUUCUGAAUUCACGCUCCACGUGCUUUUCUAAAGGGUCCAUUAGAGUUGUUUAUCAGCAGAUGUUGUCACAUGCUACCGAUAAGKUCCUGUGUGGACUUGGUGGUAAAAACAACAAUAAGCCCUUCAUUAGUACAUGGACAUAUGAUGCUAUAACAGCCGUAGUCGAUGRUUUAGGAUCUGUCAGGACUCUGGCAAUCUGCGUGGAAAAAUACCGGGUUCCUUUCAGUCUGCACUGUGCGUUCUGUCUCUCACAGAUGUUUAGAUUUACGGUUUAAAAAGAAAGAACCAUCUGGGUUUGGUUCUUUAGUUGUUUAAAAGUUGCCAAGUGUUUACAGACUAGUAGCCGAUCAGUCGCUGUACUUUAUUUAGUGCAGGAUGGUUUCUUCAAACAUUKAAAAAAAAAGAAGAAAAGAGACCAAAAGCUGCCCAGACUGGGUUCUUCUAGUGGCCUAUUGGAUGUUUCUCGUUCUCUCGCUGGAUCGUAGAAUCUGUUUCAUUAAAACUCGCUUAGCCUAGACCGGUGGAGUCUCGUCUCACAGACGUUCAGACUCGACAUGUUUCCGCGUUCCUGGCCGGUCUUUUGGUCAGAUUUAUCGGUUUAUUUCUCACCGCUGCAGUUUUCUUAUCGUGUCGAUUCAGCCUAAUUUGUCUUAAAAAGGGGAUUUUACACAAUAAGUAUUCAGUUUGGGCUCCUGAGGCGAGUGGGGGAGUAAUGAAGAAAAUCUAAAAUAAAAAAAUUCAGAGUGUUAACGUUUGCUUCAUUAGGAACAGCAUGUUGUAUUAGAAUGUGCUUCGACAGAACAGUAUAAAUUAUCUGUGUUCAUUUGGGAAGAAACGUUGGGAUAUUUAUUAGGAUUAUAAAUGUAUGUGUUAUUGUUGGGAGACAUAAAAAAACUGUUUUUGUCUUUAAAGUUGGCCUGUAAUAUUUGACGUAAAGGUUCCGGAAACAAAACAGCAGGCUGUAAACGGUGAAUUUAUUCCUGUAUUCGACACCCGUUCCUCAACAGAUCUCUCUGCAGUCACAGUUUUCACUUUGCUGGUUUUUCUUAUACUUUUUUGUAUGGCAAUAUGUUCUUUAUUUUAUUCUGGAAAUAAAUUAUUUUUCAGAAAAGUCAAA